AGCCAAAUUGAUAUCGUGACAUAUCCAAAUCGCGCUGUACGGAGGCAAUGGAAAAUUUUAAAAACCUGCAGAUUCUACCACUUUCCAACCAGUGCAGUACUGUUCAAAUUGAUGGCGUGACCUGGUUUCGCCGAAGUUAUUUUCGUCUGAAUUAUGUGCAAUUUCCGCGCGAACAGCUAAAUGCUGCGCAUUAGAUAGGCAGGGAAUAUCUACCAGUAUUUGAUUUUGACAUUUGUAACAGCUGCUCAGGUAGCGCUCCAAAAAUUCGAUCCGGAGAAAAUGGCUUUGAAUAAUCAGGACGAUGCUUUAAAGGAAUGGGACGAGCAAAAGAACAUCUUCUUAAAAGCCGCGGAGCAUGUUCAAGCCCACGUCGGAAACCUGGCUAAUGAUCAACUGCUCUACCUUUAUGCCAGGUACAAACAGGUCCUAGACGGCCCAUGCAGGCUACCAAGGCCAGCUUUCUACGACUUUAAGGGCCGCCAGAAAUGGGAUGCCUGGAAUCGGUUAGGUGAAAUGACAGCUACCACAGCAAGGGAUGAAUACGUGGCUUUUGUCUCUCGUCUCUUCCCCGAUUGGAGGCCUGAGGAAAAAAAGAGUAGCACAAAGUCAAUGCUAGGAGCUGUGGUGAGCCGGCCUUGUUGGGUAAGGGCGGGCACCAUCUGCCACCUCACAAGGGGUGAUGGAUACAAGUCCUGCUCCUCCGGUGCCUCAGAUGCCGAAGAAGAGGACAGCUCUUUGGAGCACGCCAGAAAAGAGAAACUCUGCAUUACAGGGCCCCCAAAAGGCCCU